AACCUGCCAGCUGCUAGCCACUCUUUCUAGCGAGUACGUUCUACAAUCAGUCAUGGUGGUCGACGUGCUGCAAGAGAUACCUGCCGACACAAUUGGCUACUUCUGCAACAAUGUUCUCAAAAGGGAUUGGCCCAACUCGAUUCAUGUCUACUACUUCAUCAAGACAAUGAGCGAAUGGAAGGAAAAACGUGCUGGGGUCCGUGUGUCUUUGCUCUGCAUGGAGAACAAUAUUGAAGAUGGUACCUUUAUUGGGAUACUUUACUCUGAGCUGGGAAGCUGUACAGUUCUGCUGAGGGAGACUCGCAGGAUCAAGUGGUCUGAUCCUCUCAUGUUCGAGGCAGUAUUGCAGAAGCAUACACCGGCUGUACACACCGUUGCACGACUCAAGGGACUUGAGACCAGUGUUUACGCUCAAAGUAACAUUCUCUAUAUGCCUAGCAAUGAUGCCAUGAACAUCGGCUUGAAAUGCCCUGCUGACGUCUUCAUGGCUCCACUGAAACAAAGCCAUCUCCCAUACAUCCACUCUGUUUGGGCUCACAACGACAUUUACACAUUGCGAGAGCUAGAGACCACACUCAGACUGAACGGAGGCUUUGGAGUGUUCAGAGCCUCAGAUCACCAGCUACUCUGCUGGGCCAUGCACACUCACUACGGGGGCGUCGGCGUGCUGCAGACUCGCACUGGCUGUGGAGGCAAGGGCUAUGCUCGUCUUGUCGUCAACUGCAUCUCACAGCAGCUUGGCAAGCAGGGUAUAUCUCCUCACGUAUGUGUUAUGGAUGCUAACCUAAAAUCACUCUCUUUGUUCCGUUCCGGAGGUUAUCAACAUGUCUCCUCCAUCCAGUACAUUACAGUUCAUGAUUUCUCUUCAUCUGAUUCUUCCUCAUCAUCUUGAAACUCACUGGCAUUGCCAAUAUUUCGGAAUGAUGAUCAUGUUAUUUUUAUCCCAACUUUUGACCCCGGUCAACUGUUAUCUCUAGUCACUUGGACUGCUAAUGUCUAGUCAAUUAAUGAUCAUUGUUGAUUUUUGUCAUUUAUUUAUAUAAUCGAUAACUUAACGAUUCUAGUCAUUACUUUUAAGGUGUUCACUGUAUAUUAUAACAUUUCCAAACUAAUCAUAAUCACCCAUUAAUCAUCUAUUAUUUUAUAAAGAUUUUCCACUUUGAAUUUCAUACACAUUAUUAAGAUAAUUAUUUAUUUAUUUAUGACUUUUAUUUUUUUUUAUAUUGAAUUCAUUAUAUAAAAUUACUACAGAACUCAGUAGUAUCAUGUUUUGAAUAUUUAGAUGGAGUGUUUCAAAUUUCUUAAUAAGAUAGGUGAAAAAGGUGGCAGCAAUAUAAAUUAAUGAGGUAAUAAAAUAUUUCUUAAGAGUUUGUUGAUUCAGUUGUAUAAUUUGUAGCACUAAAAUGUUGUAAACGGGCCUUUACGGUCCAAAAAAACGAAUGUAUACAAGUAUAAAUGUGUGGGAUUAUAAAUACGGUAUACUGUAAUAUGAGUGAUCUUAAGGAUCUAUUUAUUUUAAUCUCAUUUGAAAUGUAAAAGUACUCUUAGCAUUAUAUUUCAUCUAAUAUGAGUGAUCUUCAGGAUCUAUUUUAAUCUCAUUUGAAAUGUAAAAUUACUCUCUUAGCAUUAUAUUUACUCUAAUAUGAGUGAUCUUCAGGAUCUAUUUAUUUUACUCUCAUUUGAAAUGUAAAAUUACUCUUAGCUGUACAUUUACUGUAAUAUGCAUUUUUAUUUUAGACUACAAUAGUCUUAAGCAUUUUUAGUUGGUAAGGAAUAAAUUAAAGACCACAAUGGUCUAGUUUGUAAUUAAUUAUAGAAUAUGACUAAUAGAGUCAGAUCUAAUUCAUUUGGUUUUUAUGAAAGUAUGUUAUCUAAAAUAUUUUUUUAUAUACUAUAAGUUUUCCUUUGGAUUUUAUUUCUUGAAGCUGUAAUCAUUUGAGUGUUAUUACGGCAAAUAUUCAAAGAAAUUGAAAUGCACAAUAUAUUUUGUAUUUGCUAGCAUUUUUAGCGAAUUUA